UACCGCUCCGGUUCCCCCCUCCCGGGUGGGAGUUGGGGGUCUCCGCUCUCCCGGGAGGUGGGGGUCGCCGUAGGGAGGGGAGGGACAAGCGGGGGGGCCGCCAUGCCCGCACCCCUCAUCAUCUUGCUGCCUUCUCGCUGAGUCAGCCCGGUGGCCCGGGUGUGGGGACGUCGAGUACGGGGACCUCGAGGACGAAGGCUUCUAUCUGUACCUGGAUGAGGAUGGUCAUGGACCGCCGGAGGUGCUGGGGGGGCCAGCCCGCUGCCAGGACACCUACCAGGACUGGAUCUCCCUCUACUGCUGGGCACCCUUCCACGCCACCCUCAUGGCCACCCCCGAGGGCAGCCGCUGCCGCUGGGACCAGAUCGGCAGGUCCACGCCGAAUACUUCACCAACUGCACCGUGGCCAAGCCCCCCGAGCUGGACGGGCUGCCCCCUGGCAUGGCCGUGGCUGUGGCCGUGGGGCUCGGCUGCCUUGUGCCCCUCAUGGGUGCCCUCACACUCAGCAGAGCCCAAAAAGGGGCUCAAAUGCCACCGGGCAGCUGCCCAGCCCCUGCUUGCCCCCGUGCCAGCUGGGGGCCACCAGCAGCCCCCAACCCUCCUGGCCCUGGGAGCUAACAAGCAGGAGGAGGGUGAGGGGAACAGGGAGAGCAGGGAUGGGGGGCUGGGUGUCCCUGGGGAUGGAGUGGGUCCCCUGGCACUGGGGGGAGGCUGGGCCUGGGUUUUGGGACCCCACAUCUUCCCCGGGGGUGGGAGAGCAUCGGGAGAAGGGUCCAAAGUGGUGGGUCCCGACCCUGCUUGGGCUGAGCCCCUUCCUCGGCGGGGGAUGGCAGGGAUGCCAGGCUGGGGAGGGGGGGGAGCCCCAGGCUUUGGCUGGCAGCCACCAUCCUGUCCCUGCCCAUCCCGUCCCAUCCCAUCCCUCCGGACACCGGGAGGCCGCGCUGAGAUCACUGGGUGUCUCCCUGGCAGAGGCUCCCCGCCGCCCGGCCAGAGGCUCCGACAAAGAGCAGGACCAGGGGGCUCCCACCCCGUGGCCCCCAGAGCACUGGCCCUGAUGGCUUCCAGAUGUGGCCACUGGCCCGUGAAAAGCCCUGCUGUGCCCUGGAGCGGCAGCUGCCCGGCCUGGGGAGCAUCAGGGGGCUCUGCCAGGACGCUGUUUGCCAGGAAGCGUGCGGCCGGGGAGAUCGUCUUCCCGCAGCAGGGAGGGUCCCUCCGAGCCCAGCUCCAUCCUGCUCCGACUCGCUCGGUCAGAGGGGAGCUCUGGGCUGGCGUCCUGCCCCGGGCCAGAGGUGAAACGAGCUCGCCCGGCCUCAGCCUGCUCCUCGGAUGGGAAUGCCGUGGGGUUGGGGUGGUCCCCAGCAGCGCUGCCGGGCAGGGGGACGUGGCCCCACCGGUGGGAGCUGUGCCAGGAGUGAGGGGCGCCGGGAGAGCCGGGCGGGCGCCGGGUUGGGCGGUGCGGGAGGAAGGCGUUGGGGCCGGGGAACGGAAACCUCGGCCAAAUCUCUGCCCUCUCCCUGCUUCGGCCUCGCAGGUCCCACCACCGCCCUUCCCUCCAUGGCCCCGGGGCUGCCACACCGACCCCGGGGCAGGUGCCCGGGGAGCCAGACCCCGAGGUGUCGGGUCUGUGGGUCCCCCCGCCGCCCCCGCGCCCGGGCGGCAGCGCCCGUCUGGGGACAUUACACUUCCCCGUCCACUCCCCCCGGCUGCCGGGCUGCCUGCCCUCCACGCAGGAGACGAGGGAUUUCACAACCCAGCCCAGACAGGAUUAAAGAGAAAUACACAAGUAAACAAAUAGCGGCUUGGUGAAGCGGGACGCGCUGCGCGGGG